AUGUUGAUCCAGGCUGAUGAAGGUGAGUACUUUGCCGCCAUCCCUCGUUCGAUUAGCAUGUCUUCUGCAGGAGUGGACUCUCCUCAGAUCGCUAUUCUAAGUCGAGAUACAAGCGAAAUUGAUUUUUUGACUGCCCAGGAAGAAUUCAAUUGGCAAACUAGCGUCUCCGAACGAGGAGCUGCACAAUUGCACUCUGAACCUCGAGUGCGUCAUACUGGCAUGACUGAAACUUGUAAUCACUGCCAACUCAACUAUUCGUCUGUUUCGCAGAUACCAAAAGAGGUGGCGCAUAAACAUUAUUCUGAAAAACAAGCGGUUCAGGAAACUGCUAAGCGAGAAACAGCAAGUUCCGACGAUGAGCUAAAGACCGAAAACCUAGUCGGACGCUACUCCUCUGGACUAGGCUAUGGUAUGAGCCUCAGCUUCAACUCAGUGAAUCUUAUAGAAGUAGCUUGUUCUGAUCUCCUAACAGAUGCCCCAACACCACGUAAUUCUAUGCACUCUAGUUCUCGAAAUUCCACUCUGGAGCCUACAGAUGGCAUGACAAUGGAAAACUCCUCAUCCAUGGUGCAGCUGCUAAAGAAACUGUUUAUACCAAUACCGAAAGGUUAG